AUGGUCGAUCCAAAUAAAGAAGAUCAAUAUGCAACAGCUAUAUUAAAUCGUAAUGAACGUCCAAAUCAUUUAAUUAUUGAUAAUGCUAUUAAUGAUGAUAAUAGUGUUGUUAUAUUAUCACAAAAAAAAAUGGAUGAAUUACAAUUAUUUUGUGGUGCUACAGUUUUACUUAAAAGUGAAAAACAUCGAGAAACAGUUUGUGACAUUGACAUUAGUGUUUUAUGUCCAAUUAAUCGUAUUCAAAUGAAUCAUGUUGUACGAAAUAAUUUACGUGCACGUUUAGGUGAUAUUGUUUCAAUUCAAGGUUUAAAAGAUGUUCAACAUGGUAAACAUAUAUCUGUUUUACCUAUUGAUGAUACUGUACAAGGAAUAACAGGCAAUCUAUUGAAAGUUUAUUUAAAAUCAUAUUUUGUUGAUAAUCCUUAUCGACCAGUACGUGAAGGUGAUGUUUUUAUUGUACAUGCAGCUAUGCAUGCUGUAGAAUUUAAAGUAAUUAAAACUGAACCAAGUCCGUAUUGUAUUGUUACAUCACGUACAAUUAUUCAUUGUGAUGGUGAUCCCAUUAAACGUGAAGAAGAAGUAUCUUUAAAUGAAAUUGGUUAUGAUGAUAUUGGUGGUAAAAGUUUAAUUGCACGUGCAGUGGCUAAUGAGAUUGGUGCAUUUUUAUUUUUAAUCAAUGGACUGGAAAUUGUGUCUAAAUCAGCUGGUGAAUCUGAAUCUAAUUUACCUAAAACAUUUGAAGAAGCUAAAAAGAAGGUUCCAGCUAUUAUUUUCAUCGAUAAACUGGAUGUAAUUGCACCAAAGCGUGAAAAAAGACAUGAUGAAAUUGAACAUCGUAUUGUUUUACAAUUAUUAACAUUAAUGGAUGAUCUUCAACAAUGUUCACAUGUAAUUGUUAUGGCGGCAACAAAUCGACCAAAUUCAGUUAAUCCAGCACUUCGUCGUUUUUAUCUAGAAAUUGAUAUUGGUAUUCCUAAUGCUGUUGACCGUGAAGAAAUUCUUCGUAUACAUACAAAAAAUAUGAAAUUAGGUGAUGAUGUUAAUCUUGUACAAAUUGCUAAUGAAACACAUGGUUAUGUUGGUGCAGAUUUAGCAUCAUUAUGUUCAAAAGCUGCUUUACAACAAAUUCGAGAAAAUAUGGAUGUCAUGGAUUUACAACAAGAUACAAUUGAUGUUGAAGUACUCAAUGCAUUAGUUGUCACAAAAAAGAAUUUUCGAUUUGCACUUAAUCAAUCAAAACCAUCAGCUUUAUAUGAAAUAGUUGUUGAAAAAUCAAGAACAACAUGGAAAGAUAUUCAUGGUUUAGAAAAUGUUAAACGUGAAUUAAAAGAACUUAUUGAAUAUAAUUUUGCAAAUCCGAACGAAUUUCUCGAAUUUGAUAAGACGUCGUCAAGUGGUGUUCUCUUUUAUGGACCACCAGGUUGUGGUAAAACAUUAUUAGAAAAAGCUAUGGCCAAUGAAUGUGAUGCUAAUUUUAUUUUGGUUAAAGUUCCAGAAUUAUUAACUAUGUGGUUUGAAGAAUCAGAAGCUAAUGUACAUGAUGUAUUCGAUAAAGCUCGUCAAGCAGCACCAUGUGUAUUAUUUUUUUAUGGAUUAGAUUCUAUUGCUAAAUCUCGUGGUGAUGCAGCUGAUCGUGCUUUUAAUCAAAUUUUAAUUGAAAUGGAUGCUAUGCUUGUAAAAAACAAUGUUUUUAUUAUUGGUGCUACCAAUAGACCAGAUAUUAUUCAUUCAGCUAUACUUCGACCAGGUCGUCUUAAUCAUUUAAUUUAUAUUCAAUUACCUAAUGAUCAAUCUCGUAUGAAUAUAAUUAUGGUGAGCGGGCAACUGAUCACAGGAAAUUGA